GUCGCCGGCGCACGGGACACUCCCGCUGAUCGCUUGCCGCCGCGCCUGCAGGAAGCCUUCCGGAGGACUGAAAGAUUUUAUUCCAUCUUGGUGAUGAAGAAUCUGAUGCCCAAAGCAAAUGUGUCAUCUUCCCAAGAAAGCACGCUGAGGAAGUCACAGGUGCUGUCAGUGGCAUGCCCAAACCCAAAGCUGGAAGAGGAAUAGCUUACAAGGGGGCAAAGCUGCACCUGCUUGAGCUCAGAACUUACAAGUGAGCUGAGAACUUCUGCUGGCCCCAAGUUAGCCAAUACCAUGGAGAAACUCAGUGCCUUCUUCAAUUCCAUCUGGGAUGUCAUCUCAACCAAACACCAAGAGGGCCUCUACAACACCAUCUGCCUGGGCAUCGUCCUGGGGCUCCCUCUCCUCGUGGUCGUCACGCUCCUCUUCAUCUGUUGCCAUUGCUGCUGGAGCCGACCAGGCAAGAGCAGCCGACAGCCAGAGCACAACAAGGGCAAGAAGAAAAAGAAGAAGAAAGAUGAAGAAGACCUCUGGAUCUCUGCACAGCCCAAGUUUCUCCAGCUGGAGAAGAGACCAUCGCUGCCUGUCUAGUUAGGCAGGAAGCAGGGGUGUGCUCUCUGGGACGAAGCUGGCUUCCAGCUGCACACAGGCAGGGGAGCAGGAUUGUGCAAUGAUGCACCCGUCCACAGAGGAGCAGUUCAACCAGGGAACAAACCUCAGGCCGCGCACCCCCUGGAGGGCACUCCUGGGGACUACAUGGACAAUUUCAAGGGCACUAACUAGGCAGCUAUGUGUCCGACUGCAAUUCUCUUCCUGACAGACUCGGGCCUGCCUCCGCCUGUCUCUGGCAUACUGAUAUGCAAAAGCACAAAGAACAUUUAUCCAUACAUCUUGAUAUGUCUCCCGAAUGCACACACGUGCACACACCCCCCCCCACACACACAUACAUGCACACAAAUGCAGGUAACAGGUACCUGGGAAGUAGAUUCUGUUCAUUGAAGGAUCAUCAAAUAUCCAUUUUGUGCAAGGCCCUGUGCCAGGCACUACAUCCCCUGGUCUUAUGAAAAACAAGUCUCAUAGGAAGGCCUGGCCAGAUGCAGGCACAAAGGAACACUUAGCCAGCAGGCAAGGCCCCGCUGCACUGUCUACUCCAUAUGCCACUCAGGUUAACGAUGCGUGCCAUCCCACCCCACCCUACGUAACCUUUCACUGGAAAUCCUUAUAUUUGGACAUUCCAGCCACGUGGUACAGCCCCCAUCCCGUGCACAGAUACACACCAAGUUUCUGUGCUUC